AUGAGUACGCUGAGCUGGAACUGUCGUGGCUUGGGCAAUCCACGUACAGUUCGUGAAGUUGUGGACCUUGUGUCCCGUAAGAAGCCUGAGUUUGUCUUCCUCAUGGAGACUAAGGUGGGCCGGUUGCAUGCUGAACGGCUCCGUGUGAAGUUGGGAUUUGAAGGCUUGUUCUAUGUUGAUAAUGUGGGCCUUAGUGGAGGAAGUGCCUCAUGGGACCUUCUGCGAACUCUAGCUAACAAUUCUACUCUACCGUGGGUGGUGUUGGGUGAUUUCAAUGACCUCCUCUUCCAGCAUGAAAAACGUGGGGGUAAUCCGCAUCCAGACAACCUGCUUCGUGGUUUCGGGGAGGCUGUGGAUGACUGCGUAUUAGUCCAGCUGCCAAUGCAGGGCUACCAGUUCACAUGGGAGAGGGGAAGGGGCUCUGAGGAGUGGAUGGAGGAGGGUUUAGAUAAAGUUCUUGCACGAGCUGAUUGGUGUAGCUCUUUACCGGAGGCCAGUGUGUCUAACAUUCUGACUCGCACGUCUGAUCAUUCUGCCCUCUUUCUGGGGGUUAAGGGGUGUGAGCGGUUUGGUGGAAGUUCUGGCAAGCGGUUUAAAUUUGAAAUGGCAUGGGUGCAUGAUGAGGGCUGUAGAGAGCAGAGAUACCAGCAUCUUGAAACUGUGCUGUGCCAAUUGGAAACUCAUGAGGAUGCAUUCUGGAGGCAGAGGGCCAAACAGCACUGGCUGAGAGGUGCGGAUGCUAAUACUAAAUUCUUUCACAGGUAUGCCUCUACCCGUAAGAAGAAGAAUACAAUUACUAGAUUAAAGAAUGAUUUAGGUGUAUGGGUGGAGCAUGAUGAGCUGAAUGAUGUUGUGCUCAAUUACUUUCAUGAUAUCUUUGCAUCUAAUGUUUCUACUACCAAUUUGGAUUCUUUUACUGCAUCUAUUACUCCUCGUGUAACUCAAGAACAUAAUACUGCCCUACUUAGACCUUUUGAGUUAGAGGAGGUCAAGGCUGCUUUGCUCUCAAUGUUUCCUGAUAAAGCCCCAGGUCCAGAUGGCAUGAAUCCGGGGUUCUAUCAACACUAUUGGGAUGUGGUAGGGGGUGAUGUCUCUGCUUUUGUGUUAAACUGUCUGAAUAGUAGCUCCUUUCCACCUGGCCUGAAUGAUACAAAUGUAGUUCUGAUCCCGAAGAAACAUCACCCAGAACUGGUGUUUGAUCUCCGCCCCAUUGCAUUAUGUAAUGUAGUAUAUAAGAUCAUGGCUAAGAUGGUGGCAAAUCGAAUGAAGCCGUUUUUGGGAGAGAUCAUCUCUAACUCUCAGAGUGCAUUCAUCCCUAAUAGGCUAAUUACAGAUAAUAUCCUAAUUGCUGCAGAGGUUGGUCACUUUCUGAAUAGGAAACACUGUGGAGUGAUGGGCUGGGGUGCACUCAAGCUAGAUAUGGCGAAGGCAUAUGACAGAAUGGAGUGGGCUUUUCUCCGCCGGAUGCUCCUAGCUCUGGGAUUUGCUGAGGAAUGGGUGAACCUAGUAAUGCUUUGUGCUACCACAGUGUCCUAUAAUUUUUUGGUAAAUGGUAAUGCUGUUGGUCAGGUGGUUCCUACGAGAGGUAUUCGACAGGGAGACCCUCUUUCACCUUAUUUAUUCAUUAUUUGUGCUGAGGGUCUUUCUCUGUUGCUGCAGCAGGCUGAGAGUAGGGGUGCUAUCCAUGGCUGUAGGGUAGCCAGAGGUGCCCCUCCUAUUUCACAUUUAUUCUUUGCAGAUGACAGUUUGUUGUUCUUUAGGGCUAAUGCGGAGGAGGCAGGUGUUAUUAAGCAGUGCCUUACUGACUAUGAGUCCAUGACAGGGCAGUUAGUGAAUUUUCAUAAAUCUAGUGUUUGUUUCAGCAGGAAUACCACUGUAGCAGAUAGAGACGUUGUGGCUUCAAUACUGGGUGUUUUGCAGGCUCCUAACUUUGGAAAAUACUUGGGUCUACCUUCUUUCAUUGGAAGGGAGAAAAGAGCAGUGUUUUCGUACAUUGAGGAUAAAGUGAAACAAAGAAUUAGCUCUUGGACUAAGAAGCUCAUCUCGCAAGCGGGGAAGGAGGUAUUACUUAAAAGUGUGGCACAAUCAAUGCCAACUUUUUCUAUGAGUGUAUUUCUUUUACCAGAUUCUGUUUGCUCAUCCAUUGAAAGAACAAUGAACAAGUAUUGGUGGGGUACUGGGAACGAAAGGGGCAUUCACUGGAAGGCUUGGGAUAGACUAUACAUCCCAAAGAAGUUUGGCGGUUUGGGUUUCAAAGAUCUAAGGGCUUUCAACCUGUUUCUGUUGGAGGAGCAUCAUGGCUGCCAUGAGCUUAUUUGCAGUGGUGUGAGGAGAAGGAUUGGUGAUGGGAAAUAUACUCUAAUAUGGGGUCACCCUUGGUUACCUGAUGACCCAUCACCAAUGGUUCAGACUCCCAUGCCAGGUGCACUCAAUGGCUCUCUGGAUAUUUUUAGUGCACCCAAUGUUGAGCGUAUUAUGUCAGUACCAGUUAGCCCACAUCACGAGGAUUCUUGGUUUUGGUUGGCAGACCCAAAAGGGUGUUAUCCGGUAAAAGAAGGGUAUCGACGUGUUAUGGGGGAGUAUGAAAUUAGCCCUGGAGCUUAUGAUAAAUGGCUACAAUUGUGGAAGAUUAAAUGCCCUGCUAAAUGGAAGAUUUUUGUAUGGAGAGCUUUAUCUAAUGUUCUGCCUACCACUACCAAUCUAAUUUUAAAGAGGGUGGAGAUUGAUCCAACAUGUCCCAUCAGUGAUGUAUUACAUUUGGAAGGCUCGAAAUCACGCUAUUUGGAUAGCUACCUUCCGGCGUCGGCUCGUGUGUGGCGAGAAGCAGAUUCGGCAGCAGCUGCAUGGAGGAGUACUCAUUCUCAGCAGAUUCCGCCCCAGCCGCCCAUGCCCCUGCCUUUGCCGUUGCCGACUGGAGAACACCGAUGUUUCAUCGACGCAAGCUUUCGGCCUCAAACCAAAACUGCUUCGGUUGGCGCGGUUUUGUUGGCGCACGACGGUGGAUUCAUAGCAGGGUUAAGUGCGCGGUUUCCCGCCUUUUUUUCGCCACUCAUGGCGGAAUCAUUAGCUUGCAAGGAGGCUUUGUCUUGGCUCAAGAAUCGCGGUCUGUCAACUGUGCACAUCUUUACAGACUGUUCCACGCUCAGGGAUUUGCUUAACUCCCCUCAUUCGGAGCUUUUGUCAUAUGUUGGGUAUUCGAUUGAUGCCGCUAGGACUCUUAUGUCAUCUUUUAUUUCCUGUUUAAUUCAUUUAGUUCCUAGAUCUCAUAAUAAGGCUGCACAUACACUUGCAGCUGAGGCUUUCUCUCAUGAGACACCUUUGUAUUGUGAUUUAAUCCCUCCAAACUCUAUUGCUCAUUUGUUUUAA